AAGUUCAUAUUUUUGUCAAUUUAUUAUGUUUCAAUAUAGUUUUUUAUAUUCUUGUCAAUUAUUCAAAUAGUUAAGAUGUAAUUGAAUAAUUUAGAAUGUUAAUCAUGUCUUUUAAACACUUCAGUCAGUUAUUACCUGUUCAUCAAUAUGGUUUUAUGAAACACUUUUGUCAUUUCUCAAAACAAUAUGAUGUGAUUGUUGUUGGUGGUGGACAUGCAGGAACUGAAGCAUGUUCCGCCGCUGCUAGAAUGGGAGCUUCUACUUUAUUGGUGACUCACAAAAAAUCAUCAAUCGGAGAGAUGUCAUGUAAUCCCUCAUUUGGUGGCAUUGGCAAAGGACAUCUGAUGAGAGAGAUCGAUGCAUUAGAUGGACUUUGCGCAAAAAUCUGUGAUCUUUCAGGCAUUCAUUAUAAAGUUUUAAAUCGCAGAAAAGGACCAGCUGUAUGGGGUCUAAGAGCACAAGUUGACAGAAAACUUUACAAAAAGCAUAUGCAAGCAGAGCUUUUUGAAAAUACUCCUAACCUUAAUAUUAUUGAAGGAUCUGUAGACAACAUUUUACUUGACAAUAAUAAUCAAUGUACGGGAGUGUUAUUAGAAAAUGAAACACUAAUAAGAACUAAAUGUGUUAUUUUGACAACUGGGACAUUUUUAAAUGGUGAAAUGUACAGUGGAAUAAGUGUGAAGCCAGGUGGUAGAAUAAAUUCUAAGCCUUCUAUUGGUUUAGCCAACACUUUAAAAAGAUUAGGAUUUAAUACAGGAAGAAUGAAGACUGGUACACCACCUCGAAUUGAAAAACAAUCUAUUAAUUUUACUAAUUUGAACUAUCAACCUGGAGAUGAUUUACCAACACCGUUUUCAUUUAUGAACACUUCAGUUUGGUUAAAACCUGAAGACCAAAUAAAAAGUUAUCUAACUUAUACUAACAGUAAAGUUCACCAAAUUGUAAUUGAUAAUUUAAGUGUAAAUCGACAUAUCAAAGAAGAAGUAAAGGGUCCUCGAUAUUGUCCAUCACUUGAAUCUAAAUCUCUCAAAUUUCGUGAUAGAAAUCAUCAGAUAUGGCUUGAAGUAGAAGGCUUUGAUAGUAAUGUAGUUUAUCCAAAUGGCCUAUCCUGUACUCUGCCUGAAGAUUUGCAAAUUAAAAUGAUAAGAAGUAUAAAUGGACUAGAAAAUGCCAACAUCGUCCAAUAUGGGUAUGGAGUUGAAUAUGACUAUGUGGAUCCACGAGAGCUGUAUCCUACAUUGGAAACUAAAAAAAUUGGUCGAUUGUUCUUUGCUGGUCAAAUAAAUGGAACAACUGGCUAUGAAGAAGCAGCAGCUCAAGGCAUAUUGGCUGGAAUAAAUGCUGGUGCUAGUUCCCUAAACAAAAAAAGUCUUACUCUAAGUAGAACCGAAGCUUACAUUGGUGUACUUGUUGAUGAUUUAACCACACGAGGCACAGAUGAACCAUAUCGCAUGUUCACUGGUCGAGCUGAAUUUCGUUUGCAUCUAAGACCUGAUAAUGCAGAUAUCAGAUUGACACAGAAAGGUUACGACGUUGGUUGUGUCAGUAAAAGACGUUACGAUCAAACACUAAGUAUACUUUCUUGUUUGGAAGAAGGAACCAAGCUAUUAAGAUCGGUUUCUCAGACCAUGUUUAAGUGGAAGAAAUCAUUGGGCUUAAAAACAUCUAGAAAUCCAGAGACCAAAACAGCAUUUGAAAUAUUGGGUCUAUCAACGGAGGGAAUAACAUUACGACAAUUGGAAAUGAUACUUCCUGAUAAAUUUGGCGGAAAGUUUGAAGAUAAUCAAAUUGGCGAGCGUCUGAAAAUUGAAGCUUUGUAUCAAGCUUCUAUUUACGAUCAACAGGAGGAUAUUGAACGUGUAGAACUUGAUCAAUCUUUACUUGUACCUAAGGACAUAGAUUAUACACAUACAUCUCUGAGUAUAUCAAAAGAAGAAAUUGAAAAGUUAUCCUACAUUAAACCCCAAACAAUUGGAGCUGCUGGUCGAAUACCCGGUAUUAAACCCAGCACUGUUUUGCGACUAUUGUAUUACAUUAAAAGUCAAAAGAUAAAUAUAUCAACUAAUUAAGUAUGCAUA